UGUAUACAUGUAGGACCUAGGUAACUAAGAAUAGGGCCUGCAUGUAGGUAGAUGCGAGGACAUUUUGUAUAGUUCAUACUUUAUAGUACAAAGUCCGAUAGAUAGGAAAAUGAACAUUAUGUAUACAGAUGUUUGAGUUCCUAUUCGACCGCCUUGUUGGUGAUAAAGAGAGGUGAGCAAACUGCAUGACUUGAAGUUGAACUUUGAGUUUCAAGUUGAGUGUAGACUUAUCGCAAACAAGUGUCCGUGUGCAUGUCGUGGACAAAUAUUUUAGUAGAUUUUGGUCCGCAGAAGUUGUCGGGCAAGUUACGUACAUAGCGUGCAAGUGAGGCUCAGUACCUGCUGUAUGAAUAAUGGAGGAUAGGCUGCAAACGGUAGGGGAGGAGCUGACUGCGAUCAGGUACAGCCCCCACGGUGAGGUUGCGGUGCAGAGCCCACAGACUCCCACGCAGGUUGGCACUGUCACUGCUGCAAAGGCAAAGAAAAUCUGCAAGGUGUGCGGCGACAGUGCGCUCGGCUACAACUUCAACGCAGUCACGUGCGAGUCGUGCAAGGCAUUCUUCAGGAGAAAUGCGCUCAAAGACCAGGACAAGUUCAAGUGCCCGUUUCAGGGCAGCUGCAAGGUCGACCUGGUGACGCGCCGCUUCUGCCAGAAAUGCCGGCUCGACAAGUGCUUCAUCGUCGGCAUGAAGAAGGAGUGGAUCAUGACCGACGACGACAAGAAGGUCAAGCGCAAGAAGUCCGAGGAGAACCGUCACCGGCGGAAACGCGUCGCCUCCGGCGACGCCGUCGCCACCAUCUCGAGCACCGUGCCGCACCUUCCCGCGUCGCCGCUGUCGCUAGGGGGCGCCGACGUGCUGCAGUACCUCCUGCAUGGGAGCGCGGCGGCGCCGCCGGCGGGAGGGGGGCGACGGGCGGCCGCGUCGCCGCAAAACGUGCCCGGCAUCCAGACGUUCAUGCCGGCGGUGGCGCCCCCUGGCCCGACUUCGUACCUCGACGAGCUCAACUCGCCGCUCGUGCUGCCGACUGAGUACCUGCACGGCUACGCGGCGGCCAACCCUGGGCCGCACUACCAGCCUGCGAACCCCAGCUACCAGCCGGGCGGCGACGGCCAGCAGGGGGUGUUCUACGACGGGGCGGUGUCGUCGCCGGCGACGGCGUCCGGCGACUACAAGAUAACGUACGAGCCGACGGGGUCAUACACGAACCUCGACAGCGUGCGGACGACGAGCAGCAGCGGCGGCUCGCUGACGUCAUCGCAUGACGACGCGGGCAGCAUCGGCACGCCCGCCACCCCCGUCGCGUCACCCCACGCUCCCGCCGCCGACGCCACCUACGGCUGCGUCGCCGCGGCAACGCUCGACGAGCACGACGCGACGAAGGUCGAGGAGCUGCUCGCGGCGAAUCGCAUCAUGCUCGCGCCGCCGGACUCCGACUGGAAGGUGGAGAGCAACACGCUGAUCGACGUCAUCAACCUGACGAACAGCGCCGUGCGGCGCAUGAUCAAGAUGGCGAAGAAGAUGGGCUGCUUCAAGUCGCUCGGCGAGGACGACCAGGUGGCGCUGCUCAAGGGCGGCUGCACUGAGCUGAUGAUCCUGCGCUCGGUGAUGGCGUACGACUACGAGAAGGACUGCUGGCCGCUGCCGGACAACCCGCUGCGCCUCAACGUGCUCAAGGAGGCGAAGGGCAACCUGUACGAGGAGCACAAGAAGUACAUCCACUCGUUCGAGCCGCACCUGCGCGCCGACGUCGUGCUCAUGCUCAUCAUCUCGGCGAUCCGGCUCUUCUGUCCGACGCGGCCGAAGCUCGUCAACCGCGCGACCGUGCGCUGCGAGCAGGACUACUACUACGCGCUGCUGCAGCGCUACCUCGAGACGAAGUACACGCGUGCCGAUGCGCAGCUCUGCUACCGCCGGCUGCUCGACAAGCUCACCGCGCUGCACGACCUCAACGAGAACCACGUGCGCAUCUUCCUCGACGUCAACCCGAAGGACGUUGAGCCGCUUAUCAUCGAGCUCUUCGACCUGAAGCCGUCGACGGCGCACUGACCGCGGUUGCCACGGCGAUCGCGGUUGCUGCCGCUGGCUGUGGUGACUGUUGUCGCCGCCGACUUUGGCACGGUCGCUGUUGCUUUCCACGGUCACUGCGGUGAUCGCUGCUGCCUCCGGCCAUGAUCUAAAUGGCGACCGUUGCCGCCGCGGACUGCCUGCCGAACUACGACCAACCGUGAUUACCAUGGCAACCAUUGCUACCGGCAAUUGUCCGUUGGCCUUGAGCGUGGCGACCUUUGCUGCCUCCGACUGCCUGCUGAGUUAAGUUGCCAUAGUGAUUCUUGUAUCGGUUUCCCACAAAACCGACGUUGUUCCUAGAUGACCCGUGGGUGAAGCGCGUGUGUGAUAAGGCUGGGAGAUAGGUUGCUCGUGGCAGUGUGUCGAGAUGCCACAGGAUUUGGGUUACACUGCGAUUAGUGGGUCUAACGCUGAUGGUGAAAACACAUUCGAGGGUUGCAUCUGCGACUGUUUACUUACAUCUAUAUGAUUUAUGUGUAAUAGUCGGCAUUCGUUUAAAUUGUAUCCAAUGGCACAGACUUGUAUUCAGCAAUGGUAUUGUUACCUAUUUCAAGUAUCAACUCCGAAGUGUACAUAACUCGUUUCGCUAGAUGUGUUUACGGUUGCGUAAUUUUGUUAUCUGAGUGUAUUACCAGAUCGAUUGAAGAGGGAGUUAAUAUUGGGAUUGUUCCCAGCAUAGCGAAGGUCUUGUCACUGCCCAACAUGUAAUGCACACAUCAAGCAUCAUCUUACAUAUAUGCACGUGUGCAGGGUACCUAAUACUCAUUGAUGGUGCCUUUUUAAUGGUGAGCAUCCAUGCACACGCAUGCAUGUGUGCCAAUACCCCACUUAAUGCCUGCACAAUAAGUUACUACGUACUUUUACGUAUGCCCGUGUGAGUGUGCCAAUGUUCAUUAAUAGUGCUUGCUGCGACGUCAUUUAUUUGUGCAUUCUGUCGAAAAAUGGUCAGUGGCUCUAAAUAUUUGAAAUUUCAAUAGGGCCCUUUCUAUGGGUUAUGAAGCACCAAUGUCUUAUUCCCAAAGUAGUGGUAUAGCAAGCAAAUCUUUUUCUUUAAUUAGAGGUCUUCAAAUCAAGGAAACACGUUGCUAAUUGCCAUCCAAUGUUUGCCCUUAUAGGGAUAUUAUGCUUUGGAACGUCCCUCAGUGACACGGUCGCGGUUUAGACUUAGUGUGGAGAGCAAUUAGAAAGCCAGGCUAUGUUUUAUUGAACUAGAUGUGAAAAUUCGAUGCAGAUUUCCUGGGAGUAUUUCACCAUCACGAUAGCAACUGCACACUUGUACGCGUCAUUGCGUAUAGGGAGGAGGUAUACGUAGUAGCGUGAACGUACCUAUAACAUAAUAGAGAUUCUUAAAGUGAAUGUUCAUGGUAAUGGCAAUGUUCAUGUUAGUAGUGAUGCAGGGGAUCUUUGUAGCACUACUAUCGUAACGAUGUGACCUCGCUACACCGGCGUGCGUGCGUGCGUGCGAAGAUGCCUGUCUGAAUCUAUAAGAUCUGUCAUAAGAUCCCAAAGAUAUUUUCGAAGACGAAAUGCCUAAAAAUCGAAUAUAUCGACAUGCCUAUCUGAAUGUGUAUCCCAAAGAUAUUUUCAAAGUCGAAACGUGAUAAAAAGAUGAGUUCAGGCCAAGAGUACCGGAUCAUAACAGACGGUGAGCCCGUGUCCGCAGCUGACGCGGCUGACUGAUCACUCACUCACUACCUAAUAGCGGAGGCACCCAGCACCUCGGCGACUUGUUCGUGUCUUAUGUACUAGUGUAUACGUUUUCUACCUACGCAGGUCGUGUUUAUGGGAAUGACCUGGCAUCGCUGGGUAGGCCUAUAGCUGCGCUCGCGUGGUGAGAACGCUAGCGCAGAGUGAGGAGUGUAGCGCGUGCACUUUAGUCCACGGAAUGAAAAGUGAUCUGUGAUAAGAGAUAAGAGUUUUAUAGACGUUUGCGCAGUAAUCAAUGCCGCUACGUGCUUCGCGGGUGUGUGCACGGAGGAAUGGGGCAGCGAUCGCUGUCAGUGCCAGUCUAAACAAAAUAAGGUGAUCGAAUACAGGUGAUAGUAGGUGUAGAGGGGCUCAUGGUUACGUGCGUGUUGUGUGUGCGCGCGCGUGUGUGUGCGUGCGCUCUUGCAUGUGUGUGCGUGCGUUCUUUCGU